GCUUCGGUAGUGACCGACUCUCCCCAGCUGCCUGAGCAGCACCAGCACCUUCCCCAGGAGCUCGCUGCAGCCCGCUGGCCCGUGCUCCACCGCAACCAUGUGCAACCAGAAGGUGGUGAUCAAAAAUGCAGGCAUGUCAGAAGAGAUGCAACAGGACUCGGUGGAACACACUACUCAGGCACUGGAGCAGUAUAACUCAGAGAAGGAUACUGCCACCCGUAUCAAGAAGGAGUUUGACAAGAAGAGCAACCCCACCUGGCACUGCAUUGUGGGGCGGAACUUCAGUAGUUAUGUCCCCACACCUACCCAGAGCUUGAAAGACUUCAUCUACUUCUAUCUGGGUCAGAUGGCCAAUCUUCUGUUCAAAUCUGGUUAAAAGCAUGGACUGUGCCAAACACCCAGUGAUCCAUCCAAAAACAAGGACUACAUCCUAAAUGCCAAAUAACAGAGACUGACUCUUCAGCCUUGCUGGGGGAACACCUCAUUUGAAUCUAUUGUGUUUUGUACAGGGCAUUAUCCUCUGUACGAGUUUGUGGUUAUAAAAUAAUUAGUAAAACAGCUUACAUUUGUAUUUAUUUUCUAGUCCAUACUUCUGUACCCCAUUUUUUUCUCC